AUGAAGUCACUAUGUCCCCUUUUCAGGCGUGUUUGCAACACGAAGAGCUCAUUAUGUCGCACCCCCAAACGAUCUCUCCUGACGCUGGCGAUUGAGACUUCGUGCGAUGAUACAAGCGUCUCCAUUGUAGAGAAGCAUGCAAAUAAUUCUGCCACCUUACACUUCAAUUCCAAGGUUACAUCGGACAACAGAUCAUUUGGGGGAGUGUGGCCUAUCGCAGCACAUGAGUCUCAUCAGAAGAAUUUAGCGCAAUUGGUGAAAGAAGCUAUUAGGACUUUACCUCGACAAGAAUCCACAGAUGCAUCAUUUGAGAACACUAUAGCCGUCGCAUCACAUCAUGGAUCCAAGUUAUACAAAAAGCCAGAUUUCAUCACCGUAACCCGAGGCCCAGGGAUGCGAGCGAAUCUCAUCACUGGUAUUGAUACUGCGAAAGGUUUGGCUGUGGCAUGGCAAAUCCCUCUAUUAGGUGUGAACCAUAUGCAGGCCCAUGCUCUAACGCCACGAAUGGUAUCCGCCCUUGAAGCGGGAAACAAAACUGAAAACGAAAAGUAUGAGAAUGAUCCUGCCUAUCCGUUCCUCUCUUUGUUGGUUUCUGGUGGACAUACCAUGCUUGUCCAUUCUCGUCAACUUUGCGACCACGAAAUCUUGGCAACAACCUCGGAUCUUGCGGUUGGAGACAUGGUUGACAAAACAGCACGAGAUAUUUUACCAGCUUCGGUAAUUGGGUCUGCAUCGGAUGUCAUGUAUGGACGUGUCAUGGAAGAAUUCGCAUUUCCCAAUCCCAAUUCCACCUAUGAUUACGAGCCCUCUCAAAAGAGUAUUGCACAGAUUCCAAGGCCAACAAAAUAUGAAUGGACAUUAACACCUCCCUACAUGAGUACUGGUCAUCGUCCAUUAAAAUCUUACAAUUCAGAAUUCUCGCUUUCUGGUGUCGGAAGCCAAAUUAAGCGCAUUAUGAACCGAAACCCAGAAAUGGAUGUUGUAGAAAGGAGAUUACUUGCUCAAGAGACUAUGAGAAUCGCAUUUGAACACCUCGCUUCUAGAGUGAUUCUAAAUCUUGAGCGCCCAGAUUUGAAGGAAACAAAAACCCUCGUUGUCUCAGGAGGUGUUGCUGCAAAUCAAUAUCUGAAGUAUAUAUUGAGGUCAUUACUAGAUGUUUGGGGGCACAAGAAUAUGAGGUUGGUAUUUCCACCUCCAAGAUUCUGUACAGACAAUGCAGCUAUGAUUGGGUGGACAGGUAUCGAAAUGUGGGAAGCUGGCUGGAGGAGCGAUUUGGAUAUACUGGCGGCUAGAAAAUGGCCAAUUGACCCCAGAACCGAAGGCGGAAUACUUGGUUUAGAUGGCUGGAAGAAUGAAAUUGUUUAG